GGCUCCUUUAUGGGCUAAGCUCAAUUGGGGAACCCGUUAUGAUUCGGUGGUUUUCUGGUAACUAACUUGAGCUCAGGUGGUUCACUCUGGUGAUCGGAAAACACAGAAACGAAUCAACGAUGGCGAGGUUCCAUCUCUUCAGGAAAGCAUUGCAGAGCGAAGUGAGGAAGCGAACUACGUUCUCGUCUCUAGCACCUUCUCGCUCAUUUUCUCAGCUCUCUUCGCCAUCGCAACAACGCCCUUCCUUUGGCAUUGCGUUCGACAUCGAUGGAGUCAUUCUCCUCGGAAACUCCCCGGUCGGCGGUUCUCCGGCAGCGCUAAGAAGAUUAUACGAUUCCACUGGUAGACUCAGAAUCCCUUAUGUCUUCCUUACCAAUGGUGGUGGUUUUCCUGAAGCUAAAAGGGCCUCUGAGCUGAGUCAAAUAUUGGGUAUAAACAUCUCACCUGCACAGGUUUUACAGGGCCAUUCACCAUUUAGGCAAUUGGCUAGCAGAUUUGAGAAUGAGCUCGUUGUUGCUGCGGGAAAAGGGGAACCUGCUGCAGUGAUGUCUGAAUAUGGCUUUAAAAAUGUUCUUACAAUUGAUGAAUAUGCAUCAUGCUUUGAACAUAUUGAUCCAUUGGCCCCAUACAAGAAAUGGACUACCAAGAAUGUAAAGGUUAAUGAGAGCACUCCAAGGAAUGAUGUCUUCUCUGAAAGGGUUCAAGCAGCAUUCAUAGUUAGUGACCCUGUUGAUUGGAGCAGGGACAUACAGGUUCUAUGCGACAUAUUAAAAACAGGAGGCCUGCCCGGAAGAAAUACUGGACCACAACCAAGUCUAUAUUUUGCAAAUGAUGACCUUGAAUACCAGACUGCAUUUCCUUCUGAACGUUUGGGAAUGGGAGCUUUCAGGAUUGCAUUAGAAUCCAUCUUCAAUAGUAUUCACUCUCAACCUCUGGAUUACACAAGUUUUGGCAAACCUAAUCCAUCUGUAUUCCAGAAUGCAGAGAUUGUGUUACGACAACUUGUUCCGCUGGUUUACAAUGAUGUCCCUGCUAAAAAUCACAACAAUGCUCAACAUUUUAAAACACUUUACAUGAUUGGAGAUAAUCCUGCAGUUGACAUUAGGGGUGCACGACAGACUGGCCAUCCUUGGUUUUCUAUUCUCACGAGAACUGGAGUAUUCAAGGGGAAGGAAAAUCAUCACAAAUUCCCAGCAGAUCUGGUUGUUGACAGUGUAGAAGAGGCAGUGGACUACAUUCUGACCAAAGAAUGCAAAGAUUCGUAGGGUUCAUCAACUUUUAAGGUCCUGAAUUUUUUCGAGCUCAAAGAUAAUAUUUUAGAAUUCAUUGGUGAUUCUAUGAUCAAUCAUAGCUUAAUAAUAUUUGUCAGCAAAAAAUACAAUAAUUUUUAUGGCUUGCUCUGCCAUUUAUUUGAAGCAUUAGUUACUUCAUAUUUCAUUGGAAAAAAAAUUUAAUUAUU